AUGACACCUCCACUCAUUCCGCCUCGAGGUGAAGUGAACGCAGCUGACGCCUUUGACAUUGGCAAUUUUGACGAUGACGAAGUAAAAGGAGUGAAGCACAAACCUUUAUCAUCCGCUGUUGCUGUUGAUAUUGACAUGGUCCUGUUUGCGCUCUACGCUAGAGCGGAUUAUCCUGUAAAAAUGGCGGGAAGGGGCAAAAAAAAAACCCUGUUCCGCAUAAGUAUAAUUUUCCAAAAGCGAGCCAUGCGGGAUGCUGGGAAGAAGUAA